AUGCCUGAGUUCAGCUUCAAAGCCGGGAGCUCCUCGAGCGCGCCAUCAGGCAACGCGGCCACCACUACAGCUCCGGCCUCUGGAAAUAUGUUUGGCGGCACGUCUGGCACUCCGAGCUUCCAGUUUGGCAACCCGAAUAACAACGCUGGCUCCAGUUUCGGCCAGAAUCCAGCUGGCGAUGGCCAGAAGCCUGCGGGUUCUCUUUUCAGCACACCUCCCACCUCGGGUCCCACGCUUUUUGGAGGUGCUGCGACAAGCACGUCUGGUGGUGAACUCUUUGGAGCAAAAAGCGCAUCCGCCACAUCCACAUCUGCGCCUGCUUCCUCCGGUGGACUGUUUGGAGGAGCUGCUACAGCUCCUACCUCGAAUCCUUCAUUUGGAAAUGCUGCCUCUACUCCAAAACCAGCGUCUGGUGGUCUGUUCGGUGGUGGCGGCGCAUCAGGAACUCCUCCUCUCUUUGGAGCUCAAAGCAGCGCCGCCCAGCCUCAGAGCACAACCACAGCAGCCGCGACGCCGGCAAAACCCUCGUCACUCUUCCCAUCGACCACUCCCGCGGGAGCUCCUCCAGCCGAUCCAUCCAAACCCGCGGCAGGCACCUCCGCCGGUGCAAUAUUUGGGGGAGCAACCCAACCCGCUACUUCGACGACAAGCAACCCGGCCGCCCCAACUGCUUCCGGGCCCUUUUCCAACCUGCAGUUUGGCAACACCGCAGGCGGCUUAUUCGGAAACAAGGCCGCUCCUGCUCCUGGCACGUCUACUGGCGGUCUUUUCGGAAGUGCCGCCACCGGCAAGUCAACAGCUACAUCAGCAGCUGCGACUGGAACUGCCAGCCCAUUCACAGUGAAGCCUGCUUCCACUUCUUCAACAACUGCGGGCCCAGCUUCAACGGGCACAGGUCCGAGUCUGUUCGGCACUGCUGCUUCCAGCUCUGCAGCUACAUCUUCUUCUACCCCCGCAACAAGUGCUGCCGCCGGUGGUUUAUUCGGCAACAAACCAGCGGCAACAACGGCAUUAUUUGCAGCGCCGUCCACUACUUCCACCGCUGGAGGUCUCUUUGGUGGCGACAAGUCAUCCGCUCCCGCAACAUCUAAGCCUGCAUCGUCCUUGUUCGGCACCGGUGCAGCAACAUCAGCUGCUGCACAAGCCACCACGAUAGCUUCGUCAGCUAGUGCCAAGCCCGCUACGUUUACCUCCUCAGCAGCUGGCCUGUUUGGUGGUGGUAAAUCUGCUUCAGACGUUGGCAGCAAGGAUGGUGACAAGGCCAAGGAGGAACCCAAACCAGCCGCUCAACAUGGGUCGGCCAGCGUGUUGGGGGCAUCCACGAUAGGGCCUGCACCACAGAUGGCGAGGCUGAAGAACAAGACCAUGGAAGAUAUCGUCACCCGAUGGGCUUCUGAUUUGACAAAGUACCAAAAAGAAUUCAAGGAGCAGGCCACGGCCGUUUCAACUUGGGACCGCAGUUUGGUUGACAAUGGGGAAAAGAUCCAGAAGCUGUACCUUGAUACGUACGAAGCGGAGCGAGCUAGCCACGAAAUCGAGCGUCAGCUUGCCGCGGUGGAGAGUCAGCAGGAAGAGCUUGAGGCCUGGUUGAACCGAUACGAAUCCGAGGUUCAAGAUAUGUUUGCCAAGCAGAUUGGGCCCGGAGAGCAGCUCGCUGUUCCAGACCAGGAGCGUGAGCGCACGUACAAGCUGGCUGAAAAGCUCACCCAACAGCUGGAGGAGAAGUCUCGAGACCUUUCCAAGAUGGUAAAGGAGAUCAAUGACGUCUCUGGCACUUUGAGCAAGGGAGCCAAGGCCGAAGACCCUCUGAGCCAAAUCGUGCGGGUUUUGAACAGCCAUCUCACUCAGUUGCAGUGGAUUGACGCGAAUGCUUCUGCCCUGCAGGCAAAGGUGACGGCUGCGCAAAAGUCGAGCAGCUCCAUGGGCGGCCACUACGCGGGACCGGAAAGCGAUGCCGCCGAGGGUUUUUACCGGUCAUACUAUGGUCGUCGAUGA